UGAUAGCUCACCUAGGUCUUAACAGCUAAACUGGAGAUCAGAUAAAGGAUUUAAAACAAUAUCACCCUGUGUCGUUAUCAGUUAUCUCGGUAGGCCCGCGCCCCAUAUAAGUAAAUGGCGCUCUCGGCUCGGCUAUUGUUCACACUCCUGACUCCACGAGCUGACAGAAGAAAGAUGGCAGCCACAGACGUUAAAUCCCCAAUAUCAAUGAUCGACCCGUCGCAACUGCUGCGACCCGAACCCACGUUCCACGAUAAGCCUCUGGAUGCCUUCCGCGACUACUCCGUCGACGACUCCGACCCGAUCAAGGUGCGCGUGCGCAGGACUUAUUACACCAUGCACACUAACGUCACCGUGGACCUUGUCAAACAAAAGCGCGAAAAGUGGCUCAAGUUCAACCACUUCAAGGCGACCAUCAAGGAGGCGCUGACGAAGCUGAACGAGCUGGUGGACGAGUCCGACCCCGACACCGACCUGCCCAACAUCGUGCAUGCCUUCCAGACGGCUUAAACUGAAUCUGAAACUGAGACCAGUAAUGCCUGCAACACCAGUAUUUUGAUUCAUCAGACUUGGUUGACCUUACGAGGAUAUUCCCAUUGUCUGUUAAAGGUGAUGGCGUUCUACGACGAGCCGCAGUGGUGCGUGGUGGGCGAUACGUUCCCCGUGGGCUGCCGAUGGGCGAAAUCCAUCGUGUACGGGCCUGAGAGCUUCAAGGACAACCCCGACACAUACAACCCUAAAUACAACACAGAGUACGGCAUGUACCAGGCGCGCUGCGGGCUGGACGCGCUACUCAUGUCGUGGAGCCACGACGAGUACCUCUACCAGUUCCUGCUGCACAACAAGGCUAAACUGCCCGAGAAGGCGCUUUACAUGAUCAGGUACCACUCGUUCUACCCGUGGCACGCAGGCGGCGACUACCGCCACCUCACUAAUGAGAAAGAUGAGCAAAUCCUGCAGUGGGUGCUAGAAUUCAACAAAUACGACCUGUACACGAAGAGCGAAAAGGUCCCGGACAUCGACGCCCUCUGGCCGUACUACGAGGGACUAAUCGACAAGUACAUUCCCGGGGUACUGGAGUGGUGAUUUCUUAUGGGUACAGCAAGUUUAACCAAGAUUGUCUUUAAGUACAGCUAGAUUGACCAUCCACUCGUAUUUUUUAUGCAAGGGUUAUUGUCCUACCAGUAAAUUUGUAGAUUAUAUCUCAUAAGUGGUACAUACAGUGCAUAAGUUUUGAUUUGACUUUAAUAACCUAACUCACAAUAUCCAAUUUUUUUUCUCGUCUGUCUAUGCUCAAGAUAAAUAAAAAAAAAUGUUU